CCAUAUCAAAAUUCAAAAUUAAUUUUCUUACCGUCUUAUUCAUGUAGAAAACAACAAAUUUAUCUUCAAUGUGGUUAGGAUUUAUAUUUCGUAUCCACCUUAUUGAAUUGUUAUAUGAUACGCAUCCAAGAGAGAUACUGAUUUAUAUCACUAUUAAAUUAUUGUAUCUUGCCUUAGUGAUGCUUUCUUAUCUUUUCCUAUUCCAGCAUCAUAAUUGAAAAUGGAUAUUAUUACCGUAUAAGAUAAAUCAAUAAAAAACGAUCUCUGUACAAUUAGAACGAUUAAAAUUUUCAUUGAUUGAUUUUACGAGUUCCAAUAAAUCACCGGAAGAAAGCGUAAAAAUUCUGCUAUUUGAAUAAAAAAAAACACACACAGAAUAUGUAUAACACGCGCUUGCUGACCGUACAUUUUCUGUUAUAUUAUGCAGAAGAAGUUUUAUACCUACAUAAAGGAUAUGUUUUACCCAAUUCGUAUAAUUACUUCAUAGUUUCAAUGUACUUGCCAAGACAAUCUAUUGCUUCAUAUGAGCAUUCGUACUUUUUUCAGGUUUCCAUAAAGUUCACAGGCAUCUGUAGAGCCGACUAAAGAAACCGAACACAUUGAAAUCAAACAUGAUUUAAACAUGUUCUAUAUACAAUGGACACAUGAUUCAAAUGCAUCCUGGAAACAGUUUCAUGACUAAAACAAACAUGACUACAGAAAUGAUAACCGGAGCGGUAAAUGUUACAGCAGAUAAUAAUAUUACUACUACCCCAGUCUACGAUUAUGAAAUAGACAAUAGUCCUCCUAUAGAGGAACUUGUACCAGUAUCUCUGGCAUAUGGGUCAACAUUAUUACUUGGUGUUGCUGGAAAUGUGCUGGUUAUUUUCUCUGUCAGUCGUUACGAGCAGAUGAUGACGAUAACGAAUACGUUCCUGCUCAGUCUGGCCUCAGCUGAUCUACUCCUUCUACUCGUCUGUGUUCCCGUCAAGCUGGCAGCCUUCUUCUCCUAUAUCUGGCGUUUUGGGGAGUUUUUGUGUAAAGCGAUCCACUACAUCCAGAAUGUUUCAGCAAUAUGCUCAGUAGCAACACUCACCUUUAUGAGUCUUGAAAGAUACUACGCAAUAGUACAUCCACUUAGAUCGAAAUAUGUGUGUACAACCAGUAGAGCUAGAAGGGCCAUUACGUGUCUUUGGGUAGCUUCAUUUGUUUUAGCAAUCCCUAUCUUAAUCGGAAGGGUGCAUCUAACAGUUGGAAUUCAUCAGAACGCCACCUGGUGUGUAAAAUGGUUUAAAAUUAAACUAGUUGGACAGUUGUAUGAGGUCUACAUGUUUUGUUUGAUACUGGUUAUACCUGUCAUCGUUAUGUCUUUUGCCUACUAUCGUAUAUGUCGGGAACUCUGGUUUAUGUCACGACACCGAUGUGAGCUUAGAGCACCAUCUGUAUCCAAAGCCUCUCAGAGUCAAAGCAGAAACUCGCCUUACGGCACACCUUUGCGUUUUACAGCCAGCGAAAACACACCUGUACUUAAAGUUAAAUUUUCCGAAGAUGAUAACACAAAGAAACAGGUUGUAAAGAUGCUGGUUGCCGUUGUUGUUGUGUUUAUUUUAUGCUGGGCACCAAUCCUUACAAACAAUAUUUUAGUCUCAUUCGGUGUUCUUCCUGAGCUGCAUAUUCCUCCGUAUAAAUACAUGAGGGAAGCUUUUCACCUGAUGUCGUACGCAAACAGCUGCGUUAAUCCUAUAGUAUAUGGAUUUAUGUCACGAAAUUUUAGACAAACAUUUAAACGCGCGUUAUGUAGCUGCCUCAGAGGACGACAAUAUAUACGGAAAAUGACAUUUAAGAAUCAAAGAUGGGCGGUAAAUGAAAAAUGGCAUGCCAACAGCAUGACCAGACAAUCGGAACUCGUGAGUACAGACAUGGUUGAAAUGACGGAAGUGAAUGCAGAACAAACACAAGCAUGUCUGCGAGAGAAUGGAAAGGUCAUGUUAUGAUUUAGUGCUACUCUUUCACUAAUUGUUUGAGAUUGAUUUAGUGCUACUCUUUCACUAAUUGUUUGAGAUUGAUAAGUCAUUAACUGCAUUUUAUUAAAGCAACUUCUUUGGACAUACCAUGUAUAAUACUGGUCCAAAUUUUAAAAGGCUUGCCUUCUGCAAAAGCAUUCGCAUGUAUAACCUACUGAUUUUUGUUUUGUUAUAUCUAACAACAAUAAUUGUUUAUAUACAAUAAAAUGUCCUACUGCGAGUAUUAGUAUACUAAAUACUGCACAACACCUGUGAUUGAAUAGCUUAAAACAGAUUUAUUAUACAAGGGCAUUUGUAUAUUUGUAAAUGGUAACAUUUAUAGAACAUUGGUCUUAAAAAUAUUUGUAAUGUUUUGACAUUUAUCUUGUAAAUAGAUCCUAAAAUCCAUAAACGUAGCGCAAGCAAGAGUUAAUACGUCAUGUUAACUGUUAUUUUCAGCCUAGAUCCCUGCUUCCGAAUAUAAUUUAUGUCAUAUUUAACGUCAAACAAUUGAAAUCAAAAGUAGAUCGGUGUUAGAAAUUUGAGAUAACUCUAUCUAUAUUCGUUCAUGAAAGUGCUUUGCUCUACGUAUCACUUACACUUUUAAAUAUUUUAGGUCUCAUGAGUGUUAUCCAAGCAAUGUGUUCAAUGUGUGUGUCUAAAAAAUCAGAGAUCGUAGUUGCUCCUAUAUCAACUUAAUGCAUUUAUUUUCAUUUCGUAGACAGUUUUGUAAAUAUUAUUUGAGAGUUGAAUUAAAUAUUUACGAUAUCUUGAUAUUGUCAACAUUGUAUAAAUGCAACCAAGAUGGGUUCAAAGGUGUAUGAAAAAAGAACCAUUAUAUUCCCUGAAAAUACCAUUGACUUACCUUUCUAACUGAAAAGGUUUUUCUUAACGCCCUUUUAAAAGUAAUUUCAACCAGUGUGAAUAGGGAACAAGUUGUGAGUAGUUAAUAUUAUUCAGUCAGUGGUGAAUGAAAAAUGAUUUCAUAACUAUUGAAUUUUGUGCGGGCGUUCGUCUCUUUAGAUCUUUCUCGAUGGAUUUAUGUUUUACUAAACAAGUUGGGAAGUUGUAAGAAACCGAUCUAUAUCAGCUGUCAGAAAGUUAACUAUACCAGCUGUCAGAAAUUUACCAGCUGUCAGAAAUUUAGCUAUACCAUUUUAGUAAGCUCUGAAAUGUACGACUACUGACAUAAACGGUAUUUCUUGAGUUUUCGUUUAAAACAUCUGGAGACUGUUAACUAUAGAGUGGGACAUAACAUGAAGAGCUUGUUUCAGAUUAUU